GAGGAGGAUAAGCUGGAGGGAGACAUGAAGAGGGAGGGAAGGCGUGAGAGAGCGAUGUGGGUGAUCAAGAUGCCCUUCAAUAAAUGAGAGACAGAUUAGCGCGCGGCUGCAGGAGGACGAUCUCACAGCCCACGAGCCGCAGGACGGGGAUCCCUGGGAAAAAACAGCCGAGCAGGAGCCCCGUGGAAGCAGAGAUCGGAGUCCCGCACACAGAGUGACGACAUGGAGAUCACCGCCGCUCGGCCAGAGCAGAUUAUAUUGGCUGCCGCAUAUUGCUUCUCUCUUCUGAUUGGCUGGUCGCGGUGCCAGGAGGGGGCGUGUCUCCAAGACGGGAAGCACAAGGCCACGCCCAGUCCGGAGCCCUUCUUGAACCAAUGCGCGCUCUAUGCAGAGAAUGCAUGUUGCUCGCAGAAUGACAUCCCGGAACUCGCAGCAUCUCCAGGCCUGAAAGUGGAGGAGAUUUUCUGGGACACAUGUGGACCUCUCAGCCCUGGCUGCACAGACUUCCUGAGGCGCAUUGCCUGCUUCCACCUGUGUUCUCCCGAUGCUGCCCGAUGGCCUCACCCCCAGCACCCUGCUUCCUACCAGGCUGUGCCGCUUUGCCACAGCUUCUGCAGAGACUGGUUCGAGACUUGCAAAACAGACCUGACGUGCACACGUAACUCUGUGGGCGAUGGAGAAUGGCACCGCCAUCCGAUCAACUGCACUGGGAACUGUGUGACCUACCAGCAGAUGUACGAGAACGGCCGCAAUCUGUGCGAGAGCGUAUGGGGGGACGCCUUUAUGUCCGUGGAGGAUGAUGGGGAUGGCACCGAAGCAGGGUCCUGUGGAUGCCUCACCUUAAGCCCCUCAGACCGGGAGGUGAUCGCUGCUCUGCGAGCCCAGGAAGAGGAUCCUGAUGAGCUGGACACCACCAAGACUGGCCUGCCACAGUAUCGUGCACCCUGCCGUCCCCAGCACCUGGACCAAGGCACUACAUCAGCCCAACAGGCUCAAAAGAACAAUGAGAACGUGGUCAUGCGCAAACGUUCCAUCUUCGUGGAAGACGUAGAAGGCAGUGGUAGUGGGUUCUAGUACAUUUAACCUUCUGGGAGUGUUAAGGACAUUCUAGAAUCUGUAGACACUACUCCUCUGCCAUAUUCUUUCCAAUGCCUAGCAUCAGCAGAGUUAAGGUCAGGAAAAAUGAGGCAUUAACGACACCUUGUAGUAAUGAGUCUAUCAAUGUAACAUGGAUAGCCUCAGCUUUAACAAUUACUAAACCUGAGCUUGCCUUGCAUGUAUUCAAUAUUGUGUACUCAGAGAAGCAACAUAACUCCUAACCUUUACUAUUUGUUCAUACAUACAGCAGUGUCCUUUUCAACUACUAGAUCUCAGAUCUAUCUCAAAGAAAAUAUGGAAGCAACAUGUCUGACAAUAUCUCUCAUUUAAUUAGAACAACCAACCUAAAAAUAAUACACACACUCCUCAACUUACAAGUAGACCAUUCUUAAACCCCUUGCGUAAGUAAAAAGUUACGUAUGUCAGAUUCCCCUUCCUCCCCCACCAUUCAACAUCAUUGUGUGCUCUAUUAUACGUGCAGCAUUCUUCACCAUCAUAUUUAUAGUCAAUACAGCUAAACCUGGCUCCUGUGCUAUAGACGAUAAUCUUUGCCCACCUUCAUACGUCCUUAUUAUUUUCAAUUUUAUCUCCAA